GUCAGAAGAAAGCGUUGCCAAGGCGACCAGCUUGCUAGGGAGGACACUGCGGCGCGCGUCACACGCCCGGGAACGAGCGUGCGUGCCUGCGAGGCUGCGCACGUGCGCGCGUGUGCGACAGCUAGCCGAGGCGGUCACGGCGUCCACACAGCGGCAGCGGCGGUAACACCGGCAGCAUCUUCUCUCAAGACUACCGGGACGACCGCGCAGUCUCUGUCCGCCGUUACCGAGACCAGUAAGAGCGAGCAGAGGCUUGCACCGGGACUUGAACCGGCCCCUCGGCGGUGUCGGAGUUCUCCUUGACGGGAUUUAUUGAGGAUUUAUCGACGACAUACCAGAAAAAAACGCUCAAAAAACUGAGUAGCUGCGACCAUUGGUCAACACAGGUGACACUUCCCGGGUUGUCAAAUCCAGCGAGACCCCGCAGACACGUCCGGGUUAUUUGGGGGUUGUUUGUUGUAUUAAGGCGUCGAUAAAAACGGACAUUCUUCCUGAAGCACACCGGACUGUUAGCUGAGAAAUUAAUUAAUAUAUUGCCGUGCUGGAGAAGACUGGCACCGAGCUGAGCCGAGCCGAGCCUGGCCGCUCGGACGGGGGACCGUGCUAUAUCCUGCUGUAUGUGUGUGUAAUGCAGUAGAACAGCUUUAUCUUUUGGUAUUCAGUCUCCGCUGUCGGUGUCUCCAGUCAUGAAGUCCCACCUGCCGGCCCGGUUGGAUUGAACGAGACACAAGCACUUUUUGCUCGCUUUACGUUUACCCGGAGGAAGAUUUAGUGAAGAGGAGGAGAAGGACGAAAUCUCAGGAAAAAAACCCCUCAGUGGGAAUCUGGCACCCCACCAGCACCAGUGGAUCUCACACUAACAGAACUCGGCGGCUGUUCAAAUCAAAUGAUCUGGAUUAUAGAAGACCAGUAGGGAUGGAACGGAACAGAACCAUGGCUGGGGAAGUGUUUCGAAUCACCGUUGCUCAGAAUCAACACUGACCUGGCAGCCACACCGAGGUCCGACCUCCUUCUCCGGCACCCCAAGGACCCUUCUUUACCCCAACAACUGCUUUGCCCUCCAUCUCACCUUCACUCAGCGCUCCUGGUGUGGAUCAAACCUCCAAAAAAAGCUACUCUUAGUCUUUCAGGGUCUGCCUGCUUUUGUUGUUUUAAUCCCCCUCUUAUGCUUUACCUUCCAGACUGUUGGUUAUGAUCUACAUUCUCUCAUAAAAAGACAGAAGUAUUCCAGAACAGACUAGAAGCAGGUGGCUGAACAGUAUGAAUCCAGUCAUGUACCCCCUUCCACUUGCUCUAAGCAAACAGAGUCGGCGGGGUUUGUUGUCCAAGACACGCCCCCUUAGUCUCAUGACAGACUGGUGCCUAAUGGGUGUGCUAGGCCUUAUCCUGCUCCUCAGCCUGGCCUCGAGCCAGAAGAUAGACCCUUCCAAACACCCCAUAGUCACCACCAACUAUGGUAAGCUCAGAGGCAUCAAGAAGGACUUGAACAAUGAAAUCCUGGGCCCUGUAGAGCAGUACCUGGGCGUCCCCUACGCCACUGCACCCAUCGGCGACCGGAGGUUUCAGCCGCCUGAAGCCCCGGGAUCCUGGCAGGAGAUCCGCAACGCCACCCAGUUUGCCCCUGUGUGCCCUCAGAACGUCCACGGCGUGCUCCCGGAGAUUAUGCUGCCCGUGUGGUUCACAGACAACCUGGACGUGGCGGCGGGUUACAUCCAGAACCAGAGCGAGGACUGCCUCUACCUCAAUAUCUACGUGCCCACGGAGGAUGGUCCGCUCACAAAAAAACAUGAUGAAUCUUCAAUGAACAAGCCUCGAGACGAAGAUAUUCGUGAUCGCAGGAAGAAGCCGGUGAUGCUGUUUAUUCAUGGAGGCUCCUACAUGGAGGGCACCGGAAACAUGUUUGAUGCCAGCGUCCUGGCUGCCUACGGGAACGUGAUUGUGGUGACCAUGAACUAUCGGCUUGGCGUGCUGGGUCUGUUCCACAGGGCUAUAGCCCAGAGUGGAACUGCCAUCUCCAGCUGGUCUGUCAACUACCAGCCCCUCAAGUACACCAAGAUCCUGGCCCGGAAGGUUGGCUGCACCUACACAGAGACGGCCGACCUUGUUGACUGCUUGAGGCGCAAGAACUUCAGGGAGCUGGUGGACCAGGACAUCCAGCCAGCCCGUUACCACAUUGCCUUUGGCCCCGUGGUGGACGGAGACGUGGUGCCUGAUGAUCCUGAGAUCCUCAUGCAGCAGGGGGAGUUCCUCAACUAUGACAUCCUCAUAGGAGUGAACCAAGGAGAGGGGCUGAAGUUUGUGGACGACAGCGAGGACAACGAUGGCAUCUCAGCCGCAGCAUUCGACUACACCAUCUCUAACUUUGUCGACAACCUCUAUGGCUACCCUGAGGGCAAAGACAUCCUAAGGGAAACCAUUAAAUUCAUGUACACAGAUUGGGCGGACAGGGACAAUGGCGACAUGCGAAGGAAGACCCUCUUAGCUCUGUUUACUGACCACCAGUGGGUGGCACCGGCAGUGGCCACCGCCAAGCUCCACGCCGAGUUUCAGUCCCCGGUUUACUUUUACACGUUCUACCACCACUGCCAGACUGAGACGCGACCCGAAUGGGCCGAUGCCGCACACGGAGAUGAGAUACCGUAUGUGUUUGGCGUGCCCAUGAUCGGUGCCACUGACCUAUUUCCAUGCAACUUCUCGAAGAAUGACGUGAUGUUGAGUGCUGUGGUCAUGACUUACUGGACCAACUUCGCCAAGACUGGGGACCCCAACUUGCCAGUCCCUCAAGACACCAAAUUCAUUCACACCAAGCCCAACCGCUUUGAAGAGGUCAUCUGGACCAAGUUCAACUCGAAGGAUAAGCAGUACCUCCACAUUGGCCUAAAACCUCGUGUUAGAGACAACUACAGGGCCAACAAGGUGGCCUUCUGGCUGGAAUUAGUCCCCCACCUCCAUAGUCUGCAUGAUGAUCUCUUCCCCACCACUACCCGCUCGCCACCAGGCCCUGGCUCAGGAACCCACAGACCCUGGCCCAGAACACCUGGCCCUCGCACCACUCGUCACCCCUACCCUACCUUCCCAUCUGAUCCGGAGCCUGAGGGUUCGGAGCGUCCACACCAGGACCUCUUCCCUGGAGAUACCCGGGACUACUCCACUGAGCUGAGUGUGACAGUUGCUGUGGGAGCGUCGCUCCUCUUCCUCAACAUCCUGGCCUUUGCCGCCCUUUACUACAAGCGUGACAAGCGGCACGAGAUGCGACGGCACCGGUUGUCUCCUCAGCGGGGUGGACCUGCCAACGACCUGGCUCACAGCCAGGAGGAGGAGAUCAUGUCCCUGCAGAUGAAGCACUCGGAGCACGAUGCUCACCAUGACAUGGAGCCACUCCGGCCUCAUGACAUCCUACGGCCCGCCUGCCCACCUGACUACACGCUGGCACUGCGCCGUGCCCCUGACGACGUGCCGCUGAUGACACCUAACACCAUCACCAUGAUCCCUAGUACUAUCACCAGCAUGCAGCCUCUUCAUGCCUUCAACACCUUCCCCUCCACCGGCCACAACAACACCCUGCCCCAUCCCCACUCCACCACCAGGGUAUAGUAGGGACUGGCCAGACACAAUGCCACCUAAGGACCAGGAAGACUGGCUCUGCCACUGAUCUAGAAGGGAGGCCUCUGGAUGUGGGCCUUUGUUCUGUUCUCUUAUUCUCUUGUUUCUCCAAAAACAACUCCACCUCCUCCAUCAUGUGCUGUCAAACGUAGCAGCUCCACUGGUGGAGUGGAAGCGACUGAACUGCAUGGCAGCAGAUGAUCAGUUUUGGGGUGAUUUAGAUCUUUAAAAGAUACUGUUUUCAAAGAAGGUCUUCUGUUUCCAGACUAAAGCCCCCUGACAUUUGACAAAGGGACAAAUGCUUUUCGCCCCUUGCAGUUUUCCCUUUUUUUACUUUGGCGUCUUCUUUCUGUCUCCCUGGUGUGUUCUGUGCAUAUAUCGUUCUCUUUUCUACAUCUGUGUCUUAUCCCUGCUUUGCUCCUCUCAUUUGACAUGUAAUUCUCUCCCUCUCCCAACACUCCUUUGCUCUAAGGAUUCAAAAACUACUGAGCUAUAGGAGGGGGCAUAGAGUACAUACAGUAAUCAUAUAGCUAUGAAAACGCUGAUAUCUGAUACUUUCAUUCUACCAGCAUUCUUGGUGCCAAGUAUGUACUACUGUGUUUGCUUUCUCAUCAAGGGAGAAAAAAAGUAAAGGAAAUUCUAGAGUAUUCCUAUUUACUGUCAAUUAACAGAUGCUGUGUGUUCUCAUGACAAAGUGCCAAACUGGCCCUUGAUUGUGUUUUUUUUCUCUUUCUUUCAUCUUCUGUUUCUUUUUUUCAAGCAUUUGUUUAAUUGUUAUUUUUUGUGGAAAGAAUUUUUGCAGAAAAUAUAGAUAUAGAGAAAUGAUAUUAUAUAUAGUUAUAUAUAAAUGUGUACAAAGGAGAAAGUAUAUAAAUGGGUUUUCUCAGUGGGGAUCUAUGCAUGAAUUAUUUUUAAAGAUGAUGGUGGGGGAAAGGACACUGUAUCUGUCAAUGCACGUUUCCCAAAUCUAAUCAAAUCAUAUUGCCCACUCUGGAUAUUCUGUUUUUUGUUUUUCCUCACAGAACAAGAACAUCACAUGGAAAUCUCAAAGUAACCCAACGAAUCCUCUUCACCUCCCAAUACCCUUUUAUUAAAAAAAAGUAAUUGCCACAAAUGUCAGAAGAUGUUAGGGUCAAAGCAACAACUGUGAACAUACUCUUCCAUUCAUUCUCUCCUUCAUGAGGUUAUUUAGACGUAUUUCUCCAACCAGGUAAUGCAGCACGCCAACAGCAAGCCCUUCAUCUUACAGUAGCUACUUUCUUUCCAUCAGUAUGGAGAUGAAUGUUUGCUUCGGGUACGUCAGGUACCAAAUCUGUUGUUGUAGUUUGCCUGUACAAAAUUAUUUUUGUAUUUUAGUGAGGGUGAGAAACAAAGCAGAGGCAGACAGCUUUUGCUCUUUUACGAAUACCUUCCUUCUCCUGUCUGCACCCCUAUUUCAAGCACAUGCAUAUUCUGUUUGAUGUGUGCCUGUGAGAGAAAGAGUGUGUCUCUAUGUUUGUGUGUGUGUGUGAUAUCAGAACUGCUUCACGUGGACAUAGAUGGGCCCUAAUUAGACAGCAAAGACAUAGAGAGGCAGACAGGCAGGAUCACCCCCAAAACAUAGACUACGAAAUUAGCUACUUCCUGCUGCGUACCCAAACGCCCCCAUUCAUAUCAACAUCACUUACUCCUCCCAUGUCCUCUGUCCGUCAGUACACUACCUUUGUAUUCACAACUGACGCCCAUAAUGCAGUGAUCACCCAAAACUCCCCUGCUGUCACCACAAAACUCAAAAACCCCUGACUUCACUGUGUCAGUGCUGUUCCACACAAUUUCUGACCUCAGUUCAGCUCUGCUAUUGUCCUCACAUUCAAGGGUUAAUUCACUAAGCUAGUGACUUUUUGUGAGCUCAUCAGUUGUAAAUUAAACUCUAAGCACACCGAGGGUAACCGGUGGGUCUUGAUGGCCUGCGGCGCAGAGCUGCAAGAUGAAAAGUGGGCUCGGAUCUCCUUAACAGGGUAAAAGCAACACAGUUGAUAACUGCUGUUUCUGAUUCUGCUCUUUUCUUUUGGGUGAGAAUGUGCAGGCUACAGCUCAGCGAUGCCCCCCUACGAUUCUCUGCUAAGGAUCUCAAACAUGGAUCAUGGGUAAUAUUCUGGUUAUGUUAACUGAACUGAUGUGCUGUUGUUUGAGCCCACAGGAACACAUGGUAGCCUAUAUCCAGUAUGGGAGAAGUUAGUCACCGGUGCUGUCUUUGCUUGUGCUCUAGCUUUAGUCUAUUUGUUUUCUAUUUUAUUACUGCCUAACUGGGUGGUGGGGGAGGGCUGGAAGGGGGUGAUAUACCUGGCUGCUCCUGUCAGAGAUUUUGUAAGCCCACUCAAAGGGAAAUGUGCACAAUGUAAAACACAAAUCAACUGACUUGGGAGUGCUGCAGGUGGAUAAAUGCUGUGGAACAGAUGAUGGACAGUAGAGGUGCACGCUGUGGGAAAGGGACUUUGGGAGGAGAUUGGAAAAAGACUCACAGCCUUAAAUGUAGAAAUCAAAAUCAAAAGAGAGGAUGAACUGAUCUCUAGCAAAUAAGGACAUUCAAAGGCACGGCCAUCUUUCUACCCACAAUGUUUGCCAGAAAGGAUACCUUGCUGAUCUGUCCUACGGAGGAUCUGAUAUGUCUGAUCAGAUCCACAUGAACCCUUUUGUAUUCACUCCUGUGGAUAAGGAGGCAGUGAGGGGUUGUGAAGUAAACCUCACCACAACACAGCUACAGUGACGCCACUGGAGGAGAACAGAAACAAGGUAUUUAGUUUGCUCUGUUUUUUCCGUGUCUAUUUUAUAAGCUAACACUGGAGGGCGCCAUUGACUGCAGUCUGCCCACUCUGAGGAAACUGGAUGUGUGAAGAAAAAUACCAAACUGGGUGGCAGGACAGAGACAGACACACAAUAUCUGGAAGAGGAUCAAAACUGUACAUUUUUAAGUGUAAGAAUCAAACAGACAAAAUAUUUGUAAAUAUUAAGUUUCUUGUUUGUUUUUCGUUUUCCUUCUUUUGUUUGAAGGAAUGAAUGAAAUGCUUAUUUUGUGACAACAAAAGACAACAGGUGCAGUUUGCAAAAAAAUGGCCGCUAACUUGAGGUUUCAAAUUUACUGGUGAGUAAAAAUGCUUUGCACUGAUCACUUUUCAUGCUGUUAGAAAAUGACUUCACUUUGUCUCAUCAUGUUGCCCGUUAUCAUGUGGGCAUCCUGUAGCAUCAUGAUUUCUAACCAGGAUAGUCACUGUAGCAGAAAUGUAUCUCCACUAGUUUCCAAUGAAUAUUACAUUUUAAAAUCAGUAACACUAGUUUCAGUCUGUGGUUUCAUUGAAGGAUCAACUACUCUUUUUGUGUUCAAGCUUUAGCUUUAUAUCGCGAUCAGACUCUACUCCUGAUGAAUCUGUGUGACUUCAGAGUAUUUAUGGAAACAUCUCAGAGGCUAAGAGCUCUGGUAAAAGCCAGCUUUGUCCAGUUAACUAAUGUGAUGAUGGUGUAGGGAACUGGCCACUGAUUCAUGGUCAGGACUUCUAAACUGAGACACUAAACACAAGUACAGUCAAUGAAAUGUUAGCUUACUUAACAUGUAGCAGAGUUUACAUGUAGCCACUUAAUCACACGUGGGACAGACAUGAGGGCUUUGACACCAUAAGAUGCCUCACAUCCACAUAGAGUAAUGAGAUCACACAUGUGGUCUGACUUUUUCUUUCCUCACACUGUGUUGCAUUGUGGGUGUGGAGGUUGUGUUGACCUUACAGUGAUGUGAUGUAGCAGUAAGGAGUGUAACAGCUGAUCAGACGUGAUGUACGUGGACACACACUUAGCCUCGUCUAUGUUAUAAAGUGACUUACUGAAGCCCUGUGGUUCUCACAGUUUAGGCUGGAUUUCGGUUCAUUCUUAACGUGCCCGACUUUUUACUUUUCUUAACUGCAGACAGCCAA